AUGACCACCGCUUCCGGAAUCGAACUUUCCUUGAGCAAUCAAGACCAAUGGAAAAAGUUUCAUCCGAUGACCGAAAUGGUUCUGACAAGAAAAGUAGGACGUCUAUUGUUCCCGCAUUUGAAUUACAUUCUGAAAGGGUUGAAUCCAAAUGAGCUUUAUGGUGUCUUUAUUCACUUCGAGAGAGUGGAUAAUAACAAAUAUCACUUCCUUCAUAAUAAGUGGAAUGUGUUUGGUAAAGGCGAUGAAGUUCGACAGAUUAAAGUGGAACAACAUCUGGAUGGGUGGAGAGCGGGAAGUUAUUGGAUGGCAAAACCAGUCUCAUUCAAGCAUGUCAGAAUCACUAAUGACCCAGAUCUCAAAAAACCGAAUACAUUUGUGUUGCAAAGCAUGCACAAAUUUAUACCUGUAGUUGGGAUUCAGAAGAUGGGAGAUUCGAAGAUUGAGGGAUUCCGAUUGGAUGUCACAGAGUUCAUGGCUGUGACUGCUUAUCAGAGCUCCGACAUUAUUGCACUGAAAACCAAACUGAACAAGUUCGCACGCGGUAAGGAUCUACCAUCUGGCUCAGCUAAACCGUCCCGUGGAACUAAACGUCCAGCCACGUCUCCCGCGAAGUUCCCCUCACCGCCAUCGUCGUCUGAGCCCAGUUCGGUGUCACCACCUCAUCUUUCAUCUGAAACGGUGUCGCCACAAGAGAGUCCACCAAUCGAUGGUCUCCUCAGCAACACAUUCUGGCUAUUAUGCUCCAACCACAGCGAGUCCACCUGGAAGCACUCAAACUACUGGAUAUCCAUUUCAAACUCAUGA